GUGAUAAAACUUUUUACCCACUCCAUGUCAAGCUCAUCCUAGUAAUACAUAUUUUAUCCAAUUCUUCUUCUUCUUCAAAUUUGAUAAAUAUUCCCGUCAAAAAUUUGAUAAAUAUACCAAAGACGCAUUUAUAAUUGUCGUUUUACAUUCCUUCACAUUCAAAGGUUUUGUUUUUCUUAAUCUUCUCUGAUAUACCAAUUGAUAGAAUGGGUGGAAGCUCAAUUGAGGAUGAUUGGGACUUUCCUUCCCUAUCGAAUGGGGCUCGAACUAUUGUUUUGGUUGGACGUACCGGUAAUGGAAAGAGUGCAACUGGAAAUAGCAUCCUUGGAAGAAAGGCAUAUAAAUCUAGAGCCAGCUCAUCUGGUGUUACAAGCACCUCUGAACUCCAAUCUACCAUGCUUAAAGAUGGACAAGUUAUCAAUGUAAUUGACACACCUGGGCUCUUUGACUUUUCUGUUGGACCUGAAUUUAUCGGCAAAGAGAUCGUUAAAUGUAUUGAGUUGGCUAAGGAUGGUAUACAUGCUAUACUUGUUGUGUUCUCUGUGAGAACACGUUUCUCUAGAGAAGAGGAAGCGGCACUGCAAAGCCUGCAAACGUUCUUUGGCCCCAAAAUUACUGACUACAUGAUAGUAGUGUUUACGGGAGGUGAUGAGCUUGAAGAUGAUGAUGAAACUCUGGAACAAUAUUUGGGCCGUGAGUGUCCAGAGCCUUUGAAGAAAAUUCUUGAUGUUUCUAAGAAUCGCUGUGUUCUUUUUGAUAACAAAACGAAAGAUAUUGUGAAGAAGGAGCAACAAGUGCAGAAGCUUCUUCAACUAGUUGACAAGGUCUCAGAAGCGAAUGGAGGGAGACCUUACACAGAUGAGUUGUUUAAGGAACUGAAGGAAGGAGCAAUGAAACUCCGUCGCCAAGAAAAAGAUGUUGACUCUUUACAAGGUUAUGAUAAAGUAGAGAUAUCUGCAUUGAAGGAGCAGAUGCAUAAAACAUACGAGGAACAACUCAAGCGGAUAACUGAAAUGGUUGAAAUGAAGCUGAAGGAGACUACUCAAAGACUGGAACAACAGUUGGCCCAGGAGCAUGCUGCAAGGCUGAAGGCUGAAAAGUCGGCCCUUGCUGCGCAGGCAAAAUCAAAUGAUGAGAUUCGAAAGCUUCGGGAGAACUUAGAGAGGGCAAAGCAGGAAACUGAGGAGCUCCGGAAGCAGGCUGCUAGUGGCAAGUGUGCCAUUCUUUGAUAUGGCUUCUGACCAUACGUUAUUAAUCUAUUUUGAGGCAUAAAACACCAUUCUAAGUAUUUUAUAACUAUGGAUUGUGGCAUGUAUGUAUAUAUAUUUUCUUGUCAUGGUUGAUGGAUUAAGUAUUGCAAAUAUUUGGUAUCAAGCGAAUGAAGUGUUUUUUCCCCUUUAA